CAUGCCGCCGUUUUGCUGAGCUCACGCUCUCCGGGCGCCGCUCGGCCCCGUCGUCAAGAAUGUGGGGCGCUGGCGGGGAGGAGGUGGCGGGGGUGCGGCCACCGCUGUGCCCGAGUGGCGAUGGCACGGCAUGGCUCAGUGAUAGGCGCCGGCAGAAGGACAUGGGGACAUCACGGGGACGCGUGGCAGAGCACCGUGAACUGCAGGCCUGCGGGAUGCGGCCGCGCCGAGGGGCACCACCACGCAUUGUCGCCCGUGGCGGGCGGCAGCGCUGACAGCCUUCGAGGGGACGCUGUCGCCCGCUCGGUGCCACUGCCCAGCUGGGAUGCCCUGUGGGAUCAGCCGGUGGCCCAAGGUCACCCGGCAAUGUGAUGACAGUGAAGAGGUGGGACAGGUCCCCAGCAGCCCCUUGCUCACCCUUUCUGCAGCCCAGGCUCUGCGCCUGGAUUCAUUCCCCCUCCAGUGCACCCCCAGUUUGCUCCCAGAGUCACAUCCUCCUUGCCCCCUGUGACUGCUGUGCCUUUACAAGGUUGGCAUUGGGACGGAGCACACACCCCUUCUGUCCCUUGGUCCCACUCCUGGCUCUUCCACUACGUGGGGCAUCCCUAUGAAACUGGCCCUAUAGCAUCAGGGUGCCGCAGUGGCUGACACCAAGGCACCAUCUGCUCUGCUCGCUGCUCUCCUGCCUGCCCCUCUGCUGCUCCAUGGUUCUGUUCCCCCUCUGAGUUUGGCAUCCAUGGCCAAGCCACUGGAUAUAGGUGGCCUUGGGGACAGCUGGGGUGCCAAGAGGAGGACCCAUAGGGACCAGGUGCCAGUAGCACUCUCUCCCCAGUGCUGCACAUGGGCACAGCCAGCACUGUUGUUGUUGUUGGGAGGAGAUGCACGGGGUGAUGGGGGUAACUUCAGUGUCACCAGCUAUGUGCACAGUGGGUGAGACCUCCUCUUCCCCUCUCCCGCAGCAACUGCACCCAAAUGCUCCAUUCCUAUGCCCCAGACAGGUGCUGGGAGCUGUGGUCACCGCUCCCCACCUGCAUCCUUGUUCUCACUCCCCACCUGCAUCCUUGUCCCUGUGGGUGCAGAUAAAUAACCCAGUGUGCCUUGCCAGGAGCCAGGCACCUGCUGUGUCCUGCACAUUCCCUGCCUAUGCCCAUGUUCCCAUGCAGCUCUGUCCUGUCCCCAUGGAAGUGGGGUGCCUAUGGGAGUGCCUGGGAUAGGGAUGGGGACAGAGAUAGUGACAGGGAUCAGGAUAGGGAUAAGGAUAGGAAUGAAUGGGGAUGGGCCAGUUGAUGGGGACACAGGGACAUGGGGAUGGGGAGCUGUGGUUGAUCCUCCAGUGCCAAGGAGCAAAGCGGAACCAGAGGUGGCUUUCCCCCGCCUGAUCUCCCGGCUUUUCAGCCUGCUGGGGAAGGGCGGGGAGAGAGAGGGGAAUGAAGACAGAUGCAGAUAAUAUCACUUCCACCCCCCAGCCCCUGGGGGCUCAGCUCCAAUAUCUAUUAUAGAUGAAUUCAGCAGGGGAAGGGUUUUGAAGAGCAGACAGUGGGUCUGGUGCGCGGUGGCUGUGUACAAAGGCAGAGCGCCAGCCUGAGUGUUGAGCAGGAACAGCAGGGACCUGGGGAGAAGGCUGAGGGCACACCAUGGGGCAUGGUGUGCUGGAGGCACAGCAGCUUGGUCCUGUGCCCCAUGCUGCCAUCGUGCCAUCAUGUAGUGCCAUGCAACCAGCUGUGAGCUUGGGGUGCCCCGGGUGCGUGCAGGGUCCCCCUGUCCCUGGGUAUCAUCCCUGGGCAGCUCUGUUCCUGGCCCUGCUGCAGGAGGGAGUGGGUCACCUUGGGGGGAGUUAAUGAGGUUUGAAAGGGAAGCGGCUGAUGGCGCUGCUGGAGACAGAGCCGAGGCAUUGAAGGAGGGAGGAGGGCACAGCAUGUGGCACAGUUCUCUCUGCCCAAGCCAGAGUACCCCUAUAGUGGGAUGCAUGAAGAUGGACAGGGAGAUGGGGACCCACCCUGCUGCCCCAUAGGUGACCAUUCUCACAGUCCUGGGGUCUGAGUGCAUCACUGAGGGUGCAGCUCAGGGUCCCCUCCCUCAUGGAGAUGGGGGUGAGGAGGAGGAGAAGUCUGUACAGAUGGGGCCGUUCCCAAAAGGGAAGACAGCUGGGGCUGAGCCAGAGCUAUCUGUGAUGGAGGGCAUGGGAUGUCACAAGGAUGUCAGAAGCUGGGAUGCUGACAAGGGAGGUAGUGCUUGGUUUAAUGGCUGGACAUCUGUGGGUAUGCAAAGUUCUGGGGGGCUUAGGUGCUCAUCAGAAGCGAGAAGCACAAAGAAGAGAAACCACGCAUGUCUCCGGAAAUCCUGAGCUGAAAAUAACCUGACUGCAGGAGAGCACUGGGGGAAGAGUGCAUCCAUGUGCUGCCCUCUGUGUGUGGAUGCACCCAGCCAACAUGGGCAUGAGGACAUGGUGCCCUGCAGGUCCCCACUGCCCCUCCUUGUGCCACGCUGCAGGAGAGUUUUUGGCACCAGGAGGGCACAGUGCUGGUAUUUUGGAAAGGUGCCCAUGGGUGCUGCUGUCACCUUUUGCACCUGAAGUGUUGGCAUUCCCAGCGGAUGCCAGCAGAGAGGGACUGGGGAGGUGUUGGGUGUCCCUGGGGCAAGCAGCUUGGUGUGGUUGUAGGCAGGGAUGGACAGACUGGCAGCUCCGGGGGGUGGCCAGAUGGCUGGAUAUAGAGACAGCUGUGUACGAGGGAUGGACGGGUGUGUUGGAGAGAUGGAUGGGUGUGUUGGAGAGGGGGGCAUGCAGAUAGACAGACAAAUGCACAGAUGGAAAGCAGACGCCUGUUCCCAACCCUCUCGCUCUGGGCGCUCCUAGCAUGAUGAGCAGCAGUGCUCGGUGGAGACAGAUGCUGAAAGUGUGGCCAGCAGCUUGCUGGGGUGGCCACCAGCAGCACUGGGCUGGGUGGGUGGCCAUGCCCGCUCUGCACUCCUGGGGGCUUCCAUCCCAGCUCCCCCUCCAUCCUGCACAGGAACACAAAGCUGCAAAUUCGCAGCUUCUCUUAGCUGCAACCUAAAAAUAAGAGCUUCGGAAAAUAUCUAGCAAAUGGGUAGGAGGAUGAGCAAGGGAGGAACGAACAGCGUGGCACCAGGCAAGCGGCAUCUAGGAAGCCCCGCUGUGGCACCACGGCCACUUCACUCCUGUCCCUUUGCUCAGCACUGCGCAGAGCGGUGCUCCUAUAGCGCACAGCGAUGCUCUGAACCCACACCCAUCAGGACCAGGCGCCCUAUUUCCAUCCCUGGGCUCACCAUCUCAACCCUUGGUGGCUGCGGGUGCUCUUGGCACCCUCGCCCGCUUCCCCUUCCGCUGCCGGCGCUUGGCACGCGACAGAGCCUUGGCACGGAGCCGUGCAUGCUGGCUACAGGGAGCGGCUGCGAUCGCGCUUCCCGGGAGCACAGCAGGUGGGGGUUAUUUUGGGAGCUUCAAGAGGAGGCUCCGUGCUUUGAUGCGCCCCGCAGAACAUUUGGGGAAUUGGCUGUUUUCAGGCUUUGUGCCCUUUUUAAGUGCUGUGAGCAUGACACGGUCAUAGGGGUGCCCACCCUUCCCAGCCAGGGGCCAUGUCUCCCCCCGUGCCACCUCUCUGCGUGCCAGGCAGCACCUGCAGCUGGGGAUAAGCUGGAAGCUCUGCGCUCACUUUUUCUGCUUAAUUAAGUGAUGCUAAUUGACUGGAAAACAACUCAUUGUGAGUGCUGCUGCAGCACUGCCCAGCAGUGCCAGGGGCGUGUGACCCUGCAAUGUCACCGGGGCAGGAGCCAAAGUCCCGUUGGUGACAGCAUCCUCUGCUUUCUCCUUCACUCUAUCAGGGAUAAUCCUCAGCAUCAUGCCUGCAGCACGCUGUCCUUCUCCCUUUUAAUUUCCCUUUAUGGGAUUAUACUAGACAUGAACUUGACCCUGUGAGAAGUGGCAGCCACUGGCACAGGACACAGUCCCUGUGUCCAUGCACUUGCAUCGCUGGAGCUGCAUUUUCCAGCUGGCACCUUCCCAUCCGUCCUUCCUUUGGGGAUACAGUGGAUACCAGAAGGGCAGAAGCAUGGUGGAUUCUCAGCACUUGGAGCACUGGGAUGCAAUGCCAGGAUGGUGUCCCAUGUGUCACCAUGUCCCCAAAUGGGGCAGCUGCAAGCUGGGCUCAGCUGCAUUGCCUCCAGCACUGUGCUAAGCGGCACAAUCCUCCAUGACUCUUUCUAAAUGUUAGAAAUUACGGGCUGGUCCCAAAUUCCCUCCUAGGCAACAGUUGCUAAGCAGGUUCUAUACACAGGGCCUCGUGACCAAGUGCCGGAUCCCCCCCCUCCUUCCCCGCCCAGUUCUGUAGCACAUGUGUAUCCCAGGUCUCCAUCCCACAGUGCCACCCAUCCCUGGUGGCACCAUCAGCUGCUGGCCCCUCUGGGCACCCAGCUUCAGGGGCACUCAUCCAAUUCUUAUUGCCACUGUGCCCCCCCUGCCUCGCCCCCCAAGGAUGGGGGAUGCCAGUGCUUUGUCACCUGUUGUCCCCCUGUGGGCUUCAGGCGUGGGAGCAGGGCGUGGGGUCCGGCUGCCGUGACUCAUGCAAGCACCAGAGCCACUGGCAAAUUUCAUUACAAUAACAAGGGCUGCGGGUGAAUUAAUUAUUAACCAUUAUUGUUUAAUAUUUAUACUGCAGCAUGGCUCAGGGUGGGCUUGCUCCAGCCUCUCUGUCCACGUUGGUGGUGGGGAUGUCUGGGCAUGGAUGGCACUGUGGCCAGGUUUUAACAUUAUUAGGAAUCCAUUCAACAAAGUAACUGCUAUUUUUGUUCUGAACAUUUAGCAUUUGCUCAUCUACCUCUUUCAUGGACAUAUGGCCUCUGAAAACAGCAGCUACAGUCAGGUAGCAGCCAUGCCAUGGAUGCCAGGGAUGGGGUCCCACCGACCCCCUGCAGUGCAAUGGGGCAGAGUGCUGGCCGUGCCAUGUGUCCCUAGCAAUCCUCUCCCCAUUUGUGCCCACACCACAGGGGCCCCCUCCCGCGAUGUCGUCCUCGUCUCGGCCAUCAUCACCAUCAGCUUUAGCGUCACCAUCAUCCUGUGUGGCAUCUGCCAGUGGUGCCAGCGCAGACUGGGAAAACGGUACAAGACAUCCCUGGAGACUGUGGGCACACCAGAUUCCAGCCGAGGCCGCAGUGAGAAGAAAACCAUCAACGAUCUAGACAGAGACUUUUGGAAUAACAAUGACAACACAGUGCAGCAGAAAUGGAGCUCGUACCCUCCCAAGGAGUUUAUUCUAAACAUUUCACCUUACGCCCCAUAUGGUGACCCGCGCCUUUCCCUCAAUGGCUCUCUGUUAUCAGGGGCUAAGCUGACGGCAUCGGCCACCACAGGCUUGGCCGGGGACCGCGACGGCCGCCCCGGGGACAAGCAGCAGUGCGCCGAGGAUGGCAUGAGGAGCAGCAUCUCUGCGCACAGCGAGCCCGGCGCAGGGAAGGCAGCGAGGGGCCGCUGGCACACGGUGCAGAGCCACUUGGCCGCAGGGAAGCUCAGCCUGUCCAAGUGAGUGAGCACACACAGCCUUCCCGGAUGGAUGCCCCCCUCAUCCCCCUCCCAAGGGGGCCAGGAGCCACUCGCCCACAACCCUGUGGUGCUGGGACAUCACGGGGACGCGCUGCUCUGCCAUCUGUGUGCCAUCCCCAGUGCAACCCCGUGCACUGGGGCAUGAUCUGAGCUUUAGGGGAAAAAGUGGUGGCAGCAGGGUCUUGAAGUCUCUGUAUUCUCCACCUCCUCAAACUGGGGCUGCAGCAGCCCCUGCUCCAUUGGUCGCUGAAUUCAGAUCCCAAAAAAGCGCCAGCAAAGGACAUGGGAAUGCUGGGGUUGGGCCCAGGGCAGCAUGGCUGUGCUGGAUACUGCUGAACUCUGCGGGAUGUGUGGUGCACUGAGCCAGGUGCAGAGGGAUGGACAGAGUUAAGGGGAGUUGAGGGGCAAUGCCACCCUCAAAGCCAUUGGGAUUUUUUGGCAUUUAUGCACACAGCCUACUUGUUCAGGUGUUGCUGUGGGACAGGGUUCCUCUUGUGCAAGGCAUCCUGGGCAGGAGCCACGUGGGUAGCACUUUGGUGUCAUCACACUAUGGCCAUUCCGUGCCGUCCUGGUGCCACCAUCCCAUGGCCACUCAGUGCCGUCCUUUCGUCACCAUCUUACAGCCACUCAGUGCCCUCUGGUGGCAUUAUCCCUCGGCCACUCAGUGCCCUCCCGGUGCCACUGCCUCCCAGCCCCUCAGUGCCCCCCAGAACCCCAUGGGGACAGGUUUGGGGGGUGCAAUGCCCUGUCCCGGUGCACCUCCCAUGUGGCGCGGUGUUUGCAGAUCCAGAGCCUCCAGCUGGCUUCGGGCUGAGCAGAGCCAGAUUUAGUUUCCCAUGAUGGAGAGGUUGUAAAUGGAACUAAUUUCAGAUUUGAUAGGAAACUGAAAGGAGGUCGGCGGCGGGUGCGGAGGAGGCGCAGUGCCCCACGUGCCUUUGGGCCCCGGGGGCCACAGGGCCAGAUUUGUCCCAGCUCUCCGCUCCCUUUCCUCUUCUCUCUCUUUUUCCCACCUCUCACUCUUUCUUUAUUCUCCCUCCCCCU